AUGUCAUUUACUCUGUCGUGUAUACAGAACCCAGCUAACGAAACAUUCCAGCAUCCCGAGAUGCACUGGUCGGAUCUUGGGUUGUGGGCGAAAGCCCUUGCCACAGCGGUAGUGGGUGGAACUGUUGCCGUCGGAACCGGUGUAGCUGUGCACAAUCAGUUUCCUCAAGUCGCAGCGUUCUAUCAAGAUGCGGCUAUCGUUAAGCUGCCCAGCGAGACAGUGCAGUACAUGCAAGGAAUUGGCCGCAAGUUUCAGAGCUGUGCCAUAGAUGGCAAAUCCCCAUCUUCAUGCAUCUAUGGCAUGCUCUGCGGUGAGAGCAUCUCAAUCAGCGUGACAGCCAUCGUCAAUGGCAACGCUACCUCCGCCCAGGCCACGACGGUUCGCCGUCAAACCGGAGUCAACCUCGCACCACCCCCUCCCACCGCAAAUCCCCUUCCCGCCCAUGCGGUGCUGGCCCAGCAACCAGAGCCAGCCAUUUCAUCCUCUCACGUCACCGUGAUGAUGGCUCUGGGAUCGGCGACCCUUCUCGCCAUAUCGAUUUUCUCCCUCACGCUGCUUCGGAGCAGCGUCCUCAGAGAGAACGAGUUGGUCGCCCGCCUGGAUCGUCAGGCAGAUCAGCUGGGCAGGCAGACUGCGCAGAUGGACACGCAGCGGUCAGAGCUGGAGGCUCUGGUCGCGGAGAUGAAGAAGGAGAGAGGCCUUGCAGCGGCCUCCACAAAGCUUCAAUUCGAUCGUCUGCACGAUCAAGUGAGCGGCGUGGUGAAGGCCACACGCGAGCUUGCUCUCGCGCAGACGGAAACGCUUCGACAAAGCGUCAGAGAAGCAGUGGAGGCUGGCUCCACUGAAAUCCAGAAGUCAACCUCCAGGCAGGUCGACGCCCUGCGAGAGGAAGUCGUCGCCGGCUCUGUCAAGGCCGGUGACGCGACGAAGGAACAGCUGGAGCAGCUCCAGAGGACGGUGGCGGAUCUCGCCGCCCUUCAACAACAUCGACUCUCGACACCAGAAGUCGAAGCUUCGCCGGCGCCCGUCCCCUCCUCUCCUCUCUCUACUCUCCCUCUCCCCCUCUCACCUGUCCCCUCUGCACCUCUUUCCCCUGCUCCCUCCUCGCCUCGCCCCGCCUCGCCCGGUCUCCCUCUCGCCACCUCGCCUCCGCCCUCCGCACACGUUGUCGUGGUCGCUGACAACGAUGUGCCCGCGUUGUCCCUCGAGGGCAACGUGCCUGAAGCACCUCUGGAGUCUAAGCCAACUCCAACCACCGUCAAGCCGGCGUUCAUCCCGCCACACCUCCGUUCGCCGUUCCUUCGCGCGAAGGAGGCAAGGGCCGCAGCUGCCCUGAAAGCUGCCGCGUCCGGUGUCGCGUCCGGAACAUCACCAAGCUCCUGCCUCUCUUCGGGCCCCCCUAGCAAGGGGACCUUCGUAGGUAAGGAGGAGCACAACUCCGUCGCAUCACCCUCCCCGGCUCCGACGUCCCACCACUCCUCGGGGCCCCCUAGCAAGGGGUCCUUUGUAGGUAAGGCGGACAAAGGUAAGGGCAGGGCGCUCGACGAUGUGGUGAUGCCCUCACGCGCACCCGCCGCACCCGCCGCACCCUCCACCCCGGCCCCAAAGCCAAAGCGUUCGCGCCGCGGCAAGAACGCCCACGCCCAGUCCCGGAACGGACUGGCCUCCUCGACUCCCGCCGGCGCAUCUUCCGCCGCCAAGAAGGUGCCUCCGCCUUCAGCCAAGCCCGCCGUCCGCCCGCCGCCCUCGCAGUCCGCCGCGCUCUCUGGCUGGAACAACCCGCAAGUCAUCUACGAUGACGAGCAGAAGAGAGCCGCUGCGAAGGCGGUUGAGGCCCAGAAGGCCAGGGCUGAAGGACGAUCGGUGGGCACGCGUGUCCAGGAGGAGUACAUCCGCACGGAGCGAGGUGAGAAUGGCGAGCGGCGACGAGUGGCCAAGGAGACCUACUCGCAUGACUUCACGCGCAAGUUUGAGUAG